CUAUCAUGUGGAAUGGUUUGUUUCAACAGUUGUGCUGAGGGCAAUCGGACUGGUGUUAUUGAUGUCUGCCGUACAUGCAUGCUCUUACACAGUUGGAAAUUCAGCUACAUCAGAAUGAGGACAGGGAGAACAGAUAAAGAAAAGGUAGAUGAUUUCCGCAGUCCUGUAUCGUGCCGUAGGUUCUUCUAGACAGAGAGCACUGGAACACACAGGAUGAGUCACUGGAUGAAAAAGGAGAUAUUCAACCUGUGCGUAGCAUAACUUUAAUCUAAUCAUCACCUUGUUCAGCAGCAGUUUUCUAGAUGUGGUUCCUAAAUACUGAAUCUUCAAGGAUACAACACCAUGAUUAAGAUUAGCACCCCCACCCUCUGUGGACCAUGACAUCAGCAGUGGGCAGACAGUUCCCAGGCAGCAGACCUCAGAGCCACAAGGAAGACCCACAUAGAGACAGCAGCACUGCUUGGAGGGCCAGAUCGAACCCCGUAGCAGAGAACAACAACCGAGGGAAACGCUCGACCCCCGACGGUGCCCCCCUGCUCUCUCAGACCAGACUCAGGGAGCAGCAAGCGGACGUGGACCAAAUCCCUCUAGGAAAGCUGCAGGUGAUGGAGAAGUUCUUCACCCCGGUGGAGCUGAACCAGGGGAUCAGGGCUGGUGGGCAUGUCAAGGGAGAGCAUGCUGGGACAGGCCACCACCAUCGCCCGCGCCCUCAUCGUUCCCAUCGCCAUCACCCCCAUCACUCCCAUCAGCAGCACCCUCACCACCAGCAGCAAGAGCCACAGUGGGUUGAAGAUCAGGAAGGACUCCAUGGCAGCUCGCAUGCUGGUCAGGAUGUUCUUCACCAUCACCAUGGCCACCAUAGCCAAGACCACCACCAUCAGCACCGCCAUCAUCUGCGCUAUGAGCAUCACCAUCACGAGAAGAGUCACCACAGUGCUGACGUGACCUCGAACACCUGCUCCCGCCCUCACACUUCUGCCGCAGCCUCCUCUUCUAUCCACUCCUCUGGCUCCUCUUCUUCCUCAUCAUCUUCCUCCUGGUCGUCUGAAGCCAGCAUGCAGAAUGAAGCCUUCCUGGUGGACAACAGGUGCAAGCUCCACCAUACUCUGCACUCACGGUCUUGUACGGACAUUUCAAAGGGCAAGAGGGCAUUUGGGGAAGAGGAUGAUGAAGAAGACACCAGACCCUUGCUAUCAGAUGACUACCAUCUCUAUAGAUCUGCUAGUCUUGAGCGGAGUCUUGCCUCUAAGGAUAACCUUGAGAUCCCUGAGUCUAGGAAGCCGAAGAAAGCCGUGUCAUCUAUCCAGCUCCCCACCAAGAGUAUCUUGAAGAAUAAGCAAGGGCAAAGUGAUGCAGUGGGGAAAGCUGGAAACUUCCGGAAGGCCAAAUCCAUGGAAGUACUUUCUAGCCGAAAUGAGAGGACAGGGCCUGGGACCUCAAAAGGAGGGGUGGGCAGGCCCAUCAAUGAGAAAGACCUGGAACUGAGGAAGGAGGAAGCCAGGCAGAAUCUAGUGAAGGAGAAGCUGCAGUUUUCUGCCUUUCUGAACGAGAUUAGUCGGCAGGUCCUCAGCCCCGCCAGGCUAAGUUCUUUGGGGGUCACCAAUGCUCAAAGGCCUGCCAAUGCGGGCUCAACUUCUCCUAAAUUGCCCAGGGAGGAACGCAGAGGCCAAGGGUGCAGGCAGGAGGAAGGGAAACAGAGACAGCAGACCAACAGGCCUAGCAGCGCUGACUCUAUGGCCUCCAGUGCUCACUCCCACUGCAGUGGGUAUUCCCGCUCCAGCCAACACCAGCCUCACCAUCACCACGGCAACACCAGCGGAAGCCCCCAGCUCCAGUGCCACACCUCAGGUAGUCACACAGAUGCCAGCACCAGCCCUGAGAACAGUCCCUCCCAAGAACAAGGGCAAGGCCUAAGCGGGGGCACACAACACCGUGGGGGGUCCAACAACCUCCAGACAGAUGGGACCAACACCAGCCCGGAGCUAAGCCCAUGCCUACCAAGACAUCACUCCCACCAUACGCGCUCCCAUGGGCACCACCAAUAUAACUACAGUGCUCAACACAGCCCGCCUCACCACCCCAAACAAGCUCACCACUCCCCCAGCCACAAGGAUGUCUCUCCAGGUACUCCAGUUACUCCAGAACGAGAGUCACAUUCCAGCAGACUGGAUUCACCGCGGAACAUAGCCAGCCCAGAACCCAGACAGGCAGGUCAUAUGGUCACAGAGGUACAGUAUAAGGAUGUAAUGUCUGAGGCCCACAGACUACAGAUCCUGCAAAAGCAGAAUGAGGAUCUACACCACACCCUGCUACAGACAGCCUUGCGCAUGGAGUGCAUGGAGGUGGCGUUUAAAACCAACCACCAGCAGUUAGAGGUGGACCUGCAGAGGACCCAGCUGGAGUUGGAGAACCUGAAGGACAAGUUCACAAGGCUCCAGGACAACUACUCCAGCACUCAGCAGACAAAUCAGCUGCUGGAGCAGAAAAUACAGUCAGUGUCGCAGAGCAUGGGCGGGGAGCGUGAGUGCCUGAGCAAGCGCAUAUUGGAGCUGACUGAGCAGAUGGCCACUGCACAGACCGUCCAAUCCCUGGAGAUCAUUAACGUUCCCUCCCUGUUUCAGGAAACCUCAGGGAAAGGCUUUGAGGCAGAAGAAGCAGCCAAUCAGUUCCUGCUCCCAGUUGCUCCUCCACCUACCCAAUUUAUGGACAAUGACCAUUAUAACAAAAUUAUUGGAACAGGGGACAACCAAGCACUGGGUCCAGUGCUGGAGGAGGAAGAAUCUGAUUGGUUGGUAGCUGGGGAAGGGCUACAGCAAGGACCAGGCGGAGGUCAGCGAAGUGUCACGGCAUUUCUACCCUGGAAACAGGAGCAGGGCAGCUGUGUAGGACUAACGCGAGACCGUAAGGGAGAAGGGGAUGCAGGAAGUGAGUCUGGGAGAGACGAAGGAGUCAGGCGACACCCUCCGCACUCCUUGCAGAUACCCCACCUCCAGUUCACCAUGCACCCUGAAACCUUGCCCGUCCCCACUGCUGACCUUAGCCUUGCCCGCUUUAGGAACACACCCAACAGUCCCGCUGGGCAAGGCUACAGGGUUGCGGCUAUGCACAAGCUAGGCUCUCCGAUCCGGGUCCUAUCGGCGAGCCUUGAGGAGAUAUGCUCCACCGGUGUGAGACAGCACCAGCCCGGCCCAGCCACGCUGAAGUGCACAGAGGCCAUGAUGAAUCUCCACCAUCCAGAGGGGGGUGCCCUGGGAGAUUCUGAUGAGGAUGACUUACUUUGCAGUUGGGGGAAAGGGAACAACAGAGGAAAAGGGGGAGGUGCUGGCGGGGUUGGGGACAGUUUUGAGCCUGGAGCAUGCCUCCUAAACUACCAUGCGGCUCCCAGGAUGGUGAGUCACUUGGUAUGCCAGCUGCAGCCCAUGGAGGUGAAGACCCAAGGCUGGACUGGCGAGGUGACAGAGGAGGUGCUCAAUGGGGAAAGAACGCAGUUGUAAAGCAAUUGGGGGGGUGGGUGGGGGCCACUGCUUUCCCCCUCAGGGGCGUUUUGUCCCUUUUAAAAGCACUAGAGAUUUCUUUAAUGGUUUGGUCUAAUCUAAAGGGUAUUAUUUUGUGUUCAUCAGUGCAUGUUUUAUAGGUCCUAAUGGGUUCUCAUACAUCAAACUGACCAAACUCAGUCAACUUAAGUGCAAAGAUUAUUCAAAAAGAUUUACAAGUAUAAGAACUGUCAAAUCAUCAAGAUAUAAAUCCUUUUCCUGCAGUAAUUCCAUAUGAAAAGUACUAUGAUUAAAAUCACCAAAUUGAAACAAAAUCAAAAGAAACAUCCUACAUCGAGAAAGGAAAAGCUUUGAGUUAUCGGGCAGUAUAAUAUUAUUUCAUGCCAUACCCACAUUCAAAACUGUGGCUCUACAAGAGCCAUGCACUUUCAGGGAAAAUAAAUCAACCUUAAAAGAACUUAUUGGUGCAUUGACCCAGUUCAGUUAGCACAGAGAGAGGGACAACACAUGAGCAAAGCCCUUUCUUUCAACUGCAUAUCAAUGCAGUAUUUCACAUGUUAUGAGACCACACAAAUGUGAAUAUGAAAUAUGAGAAUAUAAAUUUAUAAAUAGCUUCUUAAAUUAAUUCCUAAUCAAUGAAUAUAUAUAUUUACCUUAGUGUUUUAAUACAAAUGAACAUUGGCUUAAAUUACACAGAUCUAUUUGUACACACUGCUGUGAUUUUCAGCCCACUCAUAUUGAAUAAUGGUGCUUAAGAACUCAUCAUGAAAUAUGAGUGCACAAGACUAAUUUCUUCUAAAGAGCAGUAAGUGGGAAUAACUUUAAAAUAGACCACUGCAGUGGCUUCGUGUUGACUUGCUCCACGUGUGGGCCCCAUGGAAACUCAAUCACACAUGGAUAUUUCACAGCACCAGGGAGAGAAAGGCAGUGCUAAAUAAGAAAACAUCAAACCUGGGCAGGUCUUAGCUGGCAGAUUACAUCCUUUAAUAAAUCUAAUAAUAUAUUUGAGUAUCUCUUACUGUAAGUUUGUAAUAUGAAGGCUAGAUAAAAGGUAGAGAGAAUGAUAACAGCAUGGAGUAUAUUUAUAUACAGUCAGUGGCCACUUAAGUAGGUACACCUUCUUGUUCACGCUAAUAUCCUGCUGCUUCAAACAGUGAAUUGUGUGGAUGCAACUCAGUAUAUAAGGCAUGCGGACAGGGUGACGCGGUUUAGUUGUUCUUCAAUCAAACAUUAGAAAUGACCAGAUGCUUGAGCAAAAUGACUGAGGGUUUCAGCAUCUCAGAAACAGCUGUCUUCCUGGCAUUCACAUGCACUACAGUCUCCAGAGUUUACAAAGAUGGUGUGCUAGACAAAAACAUCCAGUAAUUGGCAGUUCUGUUGGCAAAAACACUUUGUAAAUGAGAGAGAUCAGAGGAGAAAGGGAAGACUUGUUCAAGCUAACAUUAGGGCUACUAAUGUUCAAAUAACAGCAGUGGUGUGCAGAAGGGCACGUCUGAACGCACAACAGGUCGAACUGUGAAGCAGUUACACCUGCAGAAGGCCACGCCAGGUUCCACUCCUGUCUGCUAAGCACAGGACGAUGAAGCUACAGUGGGCACAGGAUCACCAAAACUGGACAGUCUGAAAAAACGUUGUCUGGUCUGAUGAAGCUCUAUUUCUGCUGCGGCAUGGGGAGGGCAGGGUCAGAAUGUGGUGUAAACAGCAUGAAUCCGUGGAUCCACCCUGCCUUGUCUCAACAGCACAGGCUGCUGCUGGUGGUGUAAUGGUGAAGGGAACGUUUUAUUGGUGCGCAGUAGGCCUCUUCAAUACCAACCGAGUGUUAUUUGAAUGCCACAUACCUAAGCAUUGCUGCUAACCAUAUGCAAUCCCUUUAUGGCCACUGUCUACCCUUUUUCAAAUGGGUACUUCCAGCAGGAUAAUGCGCCAUGUCAUAAAUCAUGCAUCAUUUCAAGCAGGUUCUACUAACCUGACAGUGACUUCAGUUUACACCAAUGGCCUGCACAGUCCCCAGAUCUCAAUCCAAUAGAACACCUUCGGGAUAAGGUGCAAUGGGAGGUUUGCAGCAUGAAUGUGUUACCAAAAGAAAAAUCUGCAGGAACUGCGUGAUGCUAUCAAGUCAGCAUGAACCAGAAUCCCCUAAGGCGGCUUGCACCUUGCUGAAUUCAUGUCCCAAAGAAUCAUGGCUAUUCUGGAGCCAAAAGGGGGUCCUACCUAGUGCUAGAGUGGUGUUCCUAAUAAAGUGGCCACUGAGUGUAUGUAGUGUGUGUGUGCGUCUAUAUAUAUAAUGUAUUUCUUCAUGAUCCCUUGAAUCAUUUAAUGCUUUAAUAUUGUAGGAUUACCUCCAAACAAUGCAAAAGAAAUAUGUACAGUGUAGUUUCAAUAUAUUUGUGUACCGUGCAGUAAGUGCAGCAAAUUUGUAGCCAUUAAUGUUACUGAUCAUAAUUGAUGCUGUUCUUUUGGACACAGAGCCAGAGCCACUAUUUGCUCAGGUCCUGCGCUUAGUAGGUGACUGCUGUAGUGCUGCAGUUCAGUAGUAAGUCUGAGGGUCUCCCAGAGUGCCGGAGAUUCCCAGCCCUGGUGGUGACAUGAUGGUCUGGUAUCCUGCUUUUCCCUUUUCCAUUUUACAAAACUGUUCCAUUUUGUGAUUUUCUUUUGCUUACUUAUAACUGUAUUGGACAGACAUGAGUUAUGGUCUCACAGUGUUUGAAUAAUAGUGUACCUUUUAUUGCUGCUGGAGAGCCAGCAAAGCAGGUUAUUGAGUUAUCCUGAAGUAGAAGCACCCUACGAGGGAAUAGAUUGAUGUUAUAUUUCCUGUCUUUGCAAAGUCAGUAAUUUAGCUAGUAAUGGAAGCGUUCAUAAUGGAAUCAUAAAUUUGAAGCCAUUCUCAUGUUUAAGACAAAAUGAUCUAGUCACAUGGGACAGGUCAGGAUUGUAUGGGCGUUGAUUGUUAAAUGUGCUGUGUACCACGGUGAUCUGUAAGAGAAUGCAAUAUGCAAGGGCAUAUGUGUGUGUGUGUGUGUGUGUUUUCGGAGGGGGGGUGGUUCAUGGAAUUCAUGGUUUCUGGACAUUAUACAGAAGCAUUAUUUAUUGCAAAUUUGCCUCAUCUGAAUAUGUCCUUUCCCCUGAACAGUGUGCAGUAUAAAUCAAGAAACAAACAAGUCACAGGUCCUUGGGAGGUUCCUGUCUGCUAUUCGUCAGUGUUACUAGCUGGAGUAAAGUGAGUACAUGGACAGUGAGUAUUGCAAAAGGCACACAGACCUGCCAAUGAACAUAAGUAGUCUUCCAUGCCAUCCAGAUGUCCCUCUCAUCCAGACAUUCUUCUGCACAAUGCAUUCAGUAGGUCUGUAGUCAGAGGAACAGUGCCCUGCUGUUGGAAUUCAUUUCAUACUGUCUGCUGUUCUCAAGGACUCUUCACCUAGACCUGGUUGUCAAGUAAAGUCUGGAUUAUAAGGGUCUUUCCAGUUACUCCUCCAAGCUCUGUGCAUAGAUUAUGUCAUUGGUGUCUAAAGAUGUUAAGAUUGUAUGUGAUGUAUAUAAGCUUUCCACGUGUUAAAUGAUAAAUAAACCAGUUGAAUAAAUUCAAUUUUGUCAAGGG